ACUUUAUAUUAUUUAACGAUUUCUUUGGCCCACCAAAAUUUACGUUCAAACUAAAUAACUCAUUCUAAAAGUUCUCUCAUUUGUUGUUUGUUUCAUUCCAUCGAAAUCGACUAACCAAAUCAUACCGAAUUCGUGAAACCAAACCUCCAAAAUGUUCUGGACAUCCCCAAAAAACCAAAUCUAUUCAAAUACAAUAACUUGUACAUAUAUGCAUACACAUCAAAUCGUAAGACAGUCCCUGAAAUAAUACCAGAUCGAAUAUCAAAUCAUACUCCAUACUCGCUCGCAUACCCUCGAAUGCAAGUUCGCCCCUGUGAGUCCAUAUGUGUUCGUGUCUGAGCUAUCAAACAGAAAAAUUCUUAAACAUUUUGUGUGCCCAAUGCAAAGCAAUGCGACGUGCAAACAUCAAACGUGGUCAAUGUUUGAGCUUAAGACCACAAGGUAGCAGCAAAAUGGAUCGCUAUGAGAAGCUCAGUCGGCUGGGCGAGGGCUCCUACGGUGUGGUCUACAAGUGCCGGGAUCGGGAAACGGGCGCUCUGGUGGCGGUCAAGAGGUUUGUGGAGUCCGAGGAUGAUCCAGCGAUUCGUAAAAUUGCACUGCGAGAAAUUAGGCUACUGAAGAACCUGAAGCAUCCGAACCUUGUCUCCCUGCUAGAAGUGUUCCGACGGAAGCGACGCCUCCACCUGGUCUUCGAGUUCUGCGAGCUGACCGUGCUGCACGAACUGGAGCGUCAUCCACAGGGCUGCCCGGAGCACCUGACCAAACAGAUCUGCUACCAGACCCUGCUGGGCGUGGCCUACUGCCACAAGCAGGGCUGCCUGCAUCGCGACAUCAAGCCGGAGAACAUCCUGCUGACGGCCCAGGGUCAGGUGAAGCUGUGCGACUUCGGCUUCGCCCGGAUGCUCAGUCCGGGCGAGAACUACACGGACUAUGUGGCCACCAGAUGGUACCGGGCGCCGGAGCUGCUGGUGGGUGAUACUCAGUACGGCACUCCGGUGGACGUCUGGGCCAUCGGUUGCCUCUUCGCCGAGUUGGUCCGGGGCGAGGCCCUCUGGCCAGGACGCAGCGAUGUGGACCAGCUCUAUCUGAUCCGCAAGACACUCGGCGACCUGUUGCCACGCCACAUCCAGAUCUUCGGACAGAACGAGUACUUCAAGGGCAUCACGCUGCCAGUGCCGCCGACACUGGAGCCGCUGGAGGACAAGAUGCCGGCCAAGUCGCAGCAGAAUCCCCUAACUAUUGACUUUCUCAAGAAGUGCCUGGACAAGGAUCCGACCAAGCGCUGGUCCUGCGAGAAGCUCACAAAGCACUCCUACUUCGACGACUACAUCGCCAAGCAGCGCGAGCUGGAGCACGUCAACAGCCUGGAGGCGGCCAAUCUCCGCCAGCAGCAGCUCGCCUCCCAGCAGUUCAUGCUGGCCACGGCAGCCCAGCAGCUCCAGACGGGUCCUGCCCAGGCGGCGGCCAUUGCGGCGGCCAGGGAUAAAUCAAAGACUUCAAACACAUCACUACCGCUGCUGCCUAGCACGCAGCAUCAUCAUCACCCGCAUCAAGAUUACGUGAAGCUGCAGCCCCUGAACAAGAAUGCAAACCUGCUCCAUCGCACCGAGCAUCAUCUGCCCACAAUUUGAGUUUGAGCAGAGAAUUUGUAACGAAGUAAUGUCCUUGAGCGAGAAUUGAGCCCGAAAAUUUAACUUAUUUACUGCUGGGAAUAAAUGUGUAAAAGUAA